GUAUCUUCUUCCCUCGCGAUUCUCUCACUCUCGGUCUCUCUCAGUCCUUCCUCCGAGUACUAUUCAGACCCAGCGGCGGCGGCCGCCGCUAAAUAUUCUCAGCGCUCUGUUUUCUGUCCCUCCGCCAACGCCGUCUCGCCAUCUCUCUCCCUAGUAACCACCGUUCCUCUCUCUUCACGGGCCAUUCCUAGCAGCCAGCAGGCGACAGCAGUUCUGCGGCUUUCUCGCUCCAACGACUGAAUUUGAAUUCAUCUCAAGUGUAAAAGGAAGGUUAACUUCUUCUUUUCCAUUUUAAUCUUCAGAAACCACCGGAGAAAGAUCAUGGAAAUGGACAGAGAUGAUGGUCGUACCGCCAAUCAGCUGAGACCGCUUGCUUGUUCUUGCAACGUUCUUAAUCGUGCUCACGGCUCCGCCAGUUGGUCCCAAGGCGAUACCAAAGUUCUUGCCGCAGUUUAUGGACCUAAAGCAGGAACAAAGAAGAAUGAGAAUCCGGAGAAGGCUUCAAUUGAGGUUAUAUGGAAACCCAAGACAGGACAGAUUGGAAAGCUGGAAAGGGAGUGUGAGAUGAUUUUAAAGAGGACAUUGCAGAGUAUUUGCAUUUUAACUAUUAAUCCCAAUACCACAACAUCUAUUAUUGUUCAGGUUAUUCAUGAUGAUGGAGCUCUUCUUCCUUGUGCAAUUAAUGCAUCAUGUGCUGCCCUAGUAGAUGCUGGAAUUCCUUUAAAGCAUCUUGCUGUUGCAAUUUGCUGUUGUUUGUCUGAGAGUGGAUAUGUUAUUUUGGAUCCAACAAAACUAGAGGAGCAGAAAAUGAAGGCAUUUGUGCAUUUGGUCUUUCCAAAUUCACCUGUCUCAGUAAUUCCCAAAGGAUCUACACAAGUUGUAGAUGAACCAUUAGAGCAUGGAAUAAUAACAUCUGUAACUCAGGGUGCAAUGUCAGUGGACGAUUAUAUUCACUGCCUGGAACGGGGGCGUGCUGCAACUGCAAAGAUGUCUGAUUUUUUGAGGAGAAGCUUACAGCCUCAACUCCCAGCUGACUCCUCAAAAGCUGKCUGAUCAGAUGGAAGCGCCUUUGCCUAUUUAUUGUCCUCUACAACUAAAUCUGGCUGGAAGGUAUUGUGUGCUUCUUUUUUCUGUGCAACACCAAAUCCAUGCUAGUUGUUCUUCAGGGCUUUCUAACCCGGAGCUAUAACAGGGCAUUAAUUUAAAUGAUGAUAGAACGUUCGCCAAAGCGGAUUUGAUUAGUACAUUAUACAUUUACCCUUGCUCUUUAUUAUUAUUAUUAUUAUUUCUUUUAUGCAAUUGUUAGAAAUCCUAAAA